GAAGACGGGGCAAUAUACGGCACGAGAAGGAUGAUUUAGCAUAUACACGAGUUUCUAUAAUCAGGGAAGUCCCUUUCAACUGAUUUGUACCCGUUCUUAUUAUUUUUUGACAAGCUGAAUGGCUUCACCAACAGAGUUGCAGUUGCGAACAGCGAUUUGGUGAAUACUUGUAGCGCUAGAAUAUAAAUUCUCUACACGAAGCAAUAAUAUUUGUGAACAUGGAGUGCAAUUCAAACGCCGCGAUUCCCGCCGAACUCAGACUUUGCACGUUUUGCAACAAACCCACAAACGGAUAUGAGAAAUGGCUGUUCGCAAGGUCACAAGAUAAGGGACCGUUUUUCCCGGUUCUCUCCGAGAUUCGCGGUGACAGUGCGUGGUGUGAUGAUCUUGGCAGAGCUCUCGUCUGUGUCGCUUGCUUCCACCAUCUUCUGCGACAGUGGAGUAGUUUUGAGCGACGAGGUAUCCCUCUAAAGAAGAGGGAUUACCUGCUUAUUCCAGGGGAACGGGUGUCAAGCUUUCAAUUACGCAAAGAAGACGAAAUCAGGCACGAAGCGGAGCGUAAACUUCGUGAAAUUCAGCAACAAGAAGAGAAAAUCAAGCGAGACGCAGAGAUUCGACUUGCAUUGUACAGACAACGAGAACAGCGGAUCAAGGAGGAGGCCCAGCGACGCAUUCUUGAAGACAGGAGAGAAGUCGAGGAGAUCGAACAACAGGCUGCUGAGCAACUCAAGGGACAGCAAGAGAAAGAGGAGGAGCUGAAACGUCUACUGGAACGACAACUCGAGGAAGAGAAAGAGAAGAAAGAGUACAUCCGGAGAGAGGCUGAGAGGCUACUGCGUGAAGAGAGAUUGAUAGCAGAGCCUGGGAAUAAGUCAACAUCUAUUUCGAUCCAGUCCCCUCAAGGCUGGAUUUUUGAAGAUAUCAAUAUUGAUCCGGACGAUCCCGAGUCCGUGGCCAAGAUGCAGCGCCAGAGGACCAUGGAAUAUGAUGCCGAGUCGGGUUGCUAUCGUAGGGUAGUGCCCUUAGACUUUGAAGAUAAGCACAUUGAGGAUGUGGUCGCUACCAAAAUAAGAAAAAGCGAGUCUGAUGAACCACCAUGGAGGCAACCAGAGACAAAAGAGAGAGGGUCACGGCCUGAUGACCCAUUGGAGGAUGCCUUUGUGGAACGGGGAGGUGAUAACAAGCCACCAGUUUAUGUAUCAGGAGGAUUGAUCAGGACAGAGUACAAGUUUAGCGUUUCGCAGGAAGCAACGGUAGAGUCCACGCCGGAUAGCGAGUUCAACGAUGAUGAUAUUCGUAGAGCUGGUGAAGCUAUGAAAGCGAAAUUCCAGGAAGACAGACAGAGAUUCCAGCAAGAGGGCGACGUUGAGGGAAUCGUGUUUAGUGAGAAGUCUCCGAGUUCAACCGAGCGUCGUCGCUCUAGCGGAGGCGAUACGGAUAUAAACGAGAAGAAAACCAGGUCUCUGUCACUAGAGAAGAGACUCAGAGGGAUGGAGGAGCGAAGAGCGCGAUUAUUUGGUCGUAACCCGGAAAGUAUGGAAAACAAAGAAAACAUAGAGAUUACUAAGUCUGAGAAAACACAAGAAGCUCCCGAGAAUACAACAGAAAAGGAUGAUUCUAAGAAACGCUCAAGAAAUAGAUCGGAGCGUAAUAAACGGCGUUUGGAUGCAGAGAUGAUUGUGCCCAGAGUUUCAGGAGGCGAAGAAGAUAACAGAACGUCACAUGGUGUGAGAGGGACUGGGGAUGUGAUGGUUACAAAGAAAAUCUCCGACCAUCCAAGAGAUAAAGAGAGCUCCAAGAUGGGCACCUGGUGGUCGGACGAAUACGAAGCCGGAGAUAUCACUUUUACCGUCAAAGAAACUUCCAAAGAGAAAGACAGUAAUGUAGGAGAGGAUUUGCUGACGUUUGAUGAUGUGGGAACCACACAGAGCGAACCUCAAGAGGAGAGCAGCGAGGAAAGCGAAGAGGAAGAAGAAGACGAGAUAGCCAAGCGAAAGCUCGUGGAAGAGAUGACGCUAACCACGGAAGAGCACCCUAAACAAGAGCUUCACAUCACGCCUGAGUAUUUCACAAAGAGCGAGCCCGACGAUAUUGUGUUCACUGUGAAAACCACGACGCAAACUAAAAAUUACGACGUUCAAGAAAGUCCUGAAAGCUCUGACGAGGAGCCCCAAAAUCGCAGCCGUGGAAUUCUUCAACGAGAAGGAUCGGCACCAGAUAGCGAGUUUGACCCCAAACUUGUCGAGUGGGAGAUAAAGAACGCGAAAAAAGACAAACCAGAGGUGACAAGCAAAGAAGAUGAGCCUGCAAGGGAGCCUACAACCGGAUCCAGCGGAGUUUCUGUAGAAAUAAAAAGAGAGAUCGAAGUCACAAGAAGAGAAGUACGGAAGAGACAGGAUAAGGUGGACUCGGGAACAAAGCGGAUCGACAUCGAGAUGAGUGUCUCUAAGCAGUAUAUCCCGGCCGUGGAGAGCGCGCCUUUGCAUAGUACUCCAGCAGAGGAUGGGGCAACAAUAGAGCAUGCAUUGGAGAGCGCGCCAGUGAAGUAUACACCAGUGGAGAGCGCGCCAGUGAAGUAUACACCAGUGGAGAGCGCGCCAGUGAAGUAUACACCAGUGGAGAGCGCGCCAGUGAAGUAUACACCAGUGGAGAGCGCGCCAGUGAAGUAUACACCAGUGGAGAGCGCGCCUGUCAACAUGGAGAUUGUAGAGUCGGAACAGGAGGAAAGCAUACGAUCCACGCAACCGCUCAUCUCCCAGCUCCAAGAUAACAAGUCAAUAAACGAAGAACGCAAAAGAAAGAGACAAGAAAUGGAAGAGAAGAAACGACGCAUCAUGGAGAACCAGAAGCGCGCAAGUCUGCGCAGAGGAAACGGCAGCGAGGACGACAGACAAUCGUCUCCAGAGCCCACAUUGAAUCGAGGGCCGCCGUCACAUGAUGAGUUCGCCGCCGAGGACUUGAAGGAGAAGAGGCGCUCCCUGCUUCUCAUGUGGGAAGCAAAGGCAGAGAGUAAUGGGAUUGAUGAGCCACGCCCCUACAAGGAGCCUGAAGUCUUCGGGUAUACCCUCAACAACGCCGUGGAGUCUCAGCCCGAGCUGGGGCAGAACCGUUCGGAGAAUAUUGUAGAUUAUCGCACGAUGGAUGUCGAUGACGAUAAUGACGAAGCUCGCACUCCUUUCGUGGAUGUCGACGAGCACCAUAAGCUGAACGAUGAAGAACUGCGCUGGGAGAGCGCUGGACAGUUCCAGCCGAGCAAACUCAAGUCCAUGUUUCACGAAAUGGAUUCAGAAGAGCCUGCAACUAUCGAGUACACAGUCGUGCGAAGGACUAAGACAACAGAGACGCAAAAGAACUGGGGAGGCCAACCAGAGGUUAAUCGGAACAACUACGAGACUGAAGACGUUAUGAGCGCACCUCUGCAAGAGGACGAAGGUUUUGUGAUUGAAAGCACUACAACUGAAGAAGUUCGCAGUGAACCAAAGCCACUGUGGGAUGAGUCAGAUGCCCAGGGUGCUGUUGAUGACUCAGAUGAUGACGCAGUUGAUGGUCACAAGCCCCAUGUUGAUGUAGACGAGUCUCAUUUCCUGACUCAAGAGGAGCGAAUGUGGGACGGAUGGACUGGCCAGGGCAACCCACGCAAACUCAAGUCAUCACUAUUUGAAGGUUUCCAGAUAGAUCAAUCCUCCGACUCAACUCAAAAGAUAAAGAAAGGGGAAUCGAGCAAAUAUGAAGUAAUUACUAAAAUGCAGCGAUCCGACUCGAAGAAGAAACUUCUUGUACCCACUAAACUGGAGGUUGAAGUCUCCGAGCAGAAAAUCGAUGAGGAGGAGAACGAGCCCAGAGCCUGCGUUAACAAACUGGAUAAGCCUGUGUUAAUGGAGAAGGACGUGGAAGAGGAACGCAGACGCCUGGAAGAGGAGAGAAGACUUUGUGAGAAAGAGGAGAUGGAAAGGGAGAGAGAAGCUGAACGCAGACGCAUCGAGCGCGAAAGCAUGGAACAAGACCAAGAGCCAGAAGAAGUUAUCGACGAUGAAUACGAAGCAAGGGUGCGAUCCCAGAGGGUCGGAAAGAUCAACAGCAGCAUGUUUGAGCAGUUUCAGAGGAACGGCGAACCCGAGUCGACAUCUGUGCCUCGUACAAGAAUUAAAUCCCGCGAGGAGCCCGGGAAACUUUUCAAAGAUCGAGAAGUCGUUACCGAGACGACAGAAGUCUGCAGUGUCAAUACGGUAGAGUCUUCGCCAUUUGAUGAGCCAGAAGUCAAUGGGAUGGAACCGGCGGAGGAGGAAAUCUACGAGCGGAGGAUUCGUGAUAAGGCGGUCGGAAAGCUAGACCUAGGGCUAUUCGCAAGGACAGAAAAUGAGGACACUGAUCAGGUAAACCAGGACGUUUCCUCUGUGAGAAAUGUCAAAAAGCUAGAUUUGAGUCGCUUUUCCUUUACAAGUGAUAAUGAACAGCAGCUGAAACCGCUAGUCCCUAAGGGGGCUCCUAAAAAAGAUAACCCACUUGAAGAAGUGGACGAUCGUAAACUAAAACGCGCACAAGAGGAAAAAGAAUGGGAUGAGGCAUUCCGCGAGGAGCGCGAGCAGAUAGAACUUAUGAAACGCGCCCAGGAUGCCGAACUGGACGUUGAUAUUGUUAACAAUAAUGAUGUUGAUACUAACAAUUGUGAACUUAGUAGGAAUGUAGGAAAGCUGGACAAUAAUCUGUUCUCUAAGUUCCAGCAAAGUAAGGAGGAGGAAGUUCCAGUCAAAAAAGAGGUGUACAAGAGGGAAGUGAAGAGGGAGGCACCACCACAACCAGAACAGGACGUCAUCGUGAUGCAUGCGCAGACACAGGUGGAGUCUACCCCAAUUGAGUACGAUUACAACACUGACGAGUACGAAAUAAAAAGGCAGAGCGUUGGAAAGCUGAAGAUCGACUGGAUGGCCAAGGCGCAGGAACAAGAGGCGCAAUUAGUUGAGCAGAAACGACGAGAAAAUGAAGCGGAGCGGAUUAGAGCUGAGAAAGAGGAAAUGGAACGGCUGAAGAGAGAACAGAGGGCCGAGCAAGAACAAGACGUGUUUGAUGGGAGAACAGAUGAGAGAACAAUUUUUGUGAAAAGAUUGUCCAAGGAGUCCAUGUCCCAAUUUGAGCAAGAGGAACCUACACGUCAGAGCCCGAGUCCGCGUCGGAAGAUAUCACCAGCACUGAAGGAGGAGAAGAGACAAGAGCGGCGAUUGGCGAGAAAGGAAAGUCGCACAAAAAUGUACGAGGAAGAUGAGGGGUUCAUCAUUGAAGAGAAAACAAGCACAAUUGUGGAGAGUAAACCCGAGGGGAUAUUGUACGAAGAACCAAAGAAAGAGGUUGGGCGAAUAAGGAGCGAUUUAUACGUCAGAGAUAAUUCUGAGGAAAGUGACAGUAAGAAGAGGUCGAUGGAGCAAGAACGCGCGAAGCAAGAGCUGGAAGAAAUUCAGCGGCUGCGAGAUGAGGAGGCGAGAAGGAAGAAGAGCGAUUCAUCUGACGACGAGGAUGGCGCGCCCAUAACAGAUAAACCACAAAGUGUAAACAAACUUGACCUGUCACAAUUCAGACAAUUCCAGAAAGAACCCGAGCCCGAACCAGUACCACGAAAGCUUUCCGUUAAACGUCAGCAACAUGUUUCACCGCCGAAAGAGGAACAGUCUGAAGAGGUAUUGGUGACUAUUGAGACGAGACAGGAAGUUGAGAGUGCCCCGCCCCAAGAGUUCGAGACCUGGAGAGAUGACACCCUUGAGAAAGAAAGAGAAGAGGCCAUGUCGUAUGAUGAGCGAAUUAAAAAGGUUCAGAAACUUGAUGUAAACAAGAUAAUUCAGCAGAGACAAGAAGAAGAGCGGGAAAGUCAGCGUAAAGCAAGAUUACUUGAGGAACAGCGGUUACUGGAAGAGAGAGCAGAGAUGGAGCGAGCAAAAAGAGAAUUGGAAGAACGCAAAGCGGCACGUUACCAUGAACCUCAAGAAGAAGAAGAGGAUGAGGAAGACGCGGUGAACGUCUCGCCAGAAAAGCCGCAGAACGUUCGAAAACUUGACCUUUCGCAAUUCUCAAAAUUUCAGAGAGCAGCAGAGCCUACUCCACAAAAACCACCGCGUAAAAUCUCACAAAAAGAGACCCCGCCUAAAGAGGAUCGGCAAGUGUUAGAAACGGAGAUUAUCACGAUUGAAACCAGACAUGAGGUAGAAAGUGCACCCCCGGUUGGCCCUGAAAGUAUCGACAUGAUUGAGAAGGAGAGAGAGGAGGCGUUGUCCUAUGAUGAGAAGAUUAAAAAGGAGGUGAAACCUCUUGAUGUACAAAAGAUCAUCAAGCAAAGACAAGAGGAGCAAAGGGAAAGCCAGAGGAGGGCGAGGCUGCUAGAGGAGCAGAGAUUGCGGGAAGAGAGAGAGGAAAUGGAGCGUGCAAGACGCGAACUAGAGGAGAAAAACAGACUUGCAGAACGGGAAAACCUAAACAUGGAGUAUUCAGAAAACGAGCGUGCAAUGGAAUCGGAUAAAUUCCAAAAUGUGAACCGUCUUGAUCUCUCGCAGUUUUCGCAGUACCAGAAGAACGGGAAGGAGGAGGCUGUCUCACGCCCCGCUGGCAAGCAACGUCCGAAAAAUGAGAUCACAGCUUCGAUAGAAAACGGACAAAGCACUGAUGAAGACAUCGUUGUUACGAUGGAAACGCGACAAGAAGUCGAGAGCACACCCCCAGGAAAGAUCGACAUAAUCGAGAAAGAAAGAGAGGAGGCAUUUUAUUACGACGAGAAGAUAAAGAAAGAGGUGAAACCCCUUGACGUCCAGAAAAUCAUCCAGCAAAGACAUGAAGAGCAGAGGGAAAGCCAGAGGCGGGCGAGAUUGUUAGAGGAACAAAGAUUGCGGGAGGAGAGAGAGGAAAUGGAGCGUGCGAAGGAAGAGUUAAAAAGAUCAAGACAGCAUCAGGAAAUUUCUGCCCCUGAACCAGAACGGACAGCGUCAGAGUCAAGCGACAGUGUUAAGGAUUCUCCGAGAACCCGGGGCUCGUCCUCCGAGGUAAUCCAAGUAUCCAGCGUUACAGAAGUCGAAUCGGAAGCUCCUAUAUCAUAUGAGAAUGAAGAACGCCCGACGCCGCAGAAGGAAACUAAAUCUGUCGGUCGCCUGAACUUGGAGAUGUACUCGGAAGCAUUUAGCAAGGAGGCGAAAGAAGCGGAGCGAAGGAAGAGGGAGCUGGAGAGGCAGAGGGCGCUGAGGGAGCGUGAGGAAAUGGAACAGCUGCGGCGAGAACAGGAGGCGCAGAGCAGAGUCCUGCACGAGCCAAUCGAGACAACACAGGACAAGGGUGAACGUGUUCCAGUUAACGGCCAAGAAUCUUCUGCCCGGAUUAAUGAGCAGGAAAGGGGAGGUGUGGAAUCCUCUACAGUCCAGAACGCCCGCAUCCCAGAUGAAGGAAAGCCAACUCCAAAGCGUCUAGACUUGAGUAAGUUCUCCCUAUUCGAGCCUGGCGAACCGGUCGUCGUCCGACAGAAGGGCGAUCGCAACGCUAGGCCUGUCAGCACUGGUGGAGCCGAGCUACAGAUGUGGCAGGAUGAUACGAUGGUACGACGGAGAGAGAAACCCGCCGAGGGACGCAGAGCAAGGCCCAAGAGUAUAGCAGGGACCACACUGCAGUCCGAGAGCGCCAUCAGUGCUGCCAGGGAGAAGAGGGUGUUUAUCAUCGACUAGAUUAGGUUAAAUAGGAAAGCUGCACUUUCGCAAUUAAUAAACUGGUGUAAACAGCGCUAGUAUUGGGGGAGAAUGCCUGUAUUUGAGGAGGUAUGUCAUAAGAUUCUCGUGGCUACUGCUUGAUACCAACUAGAGGGAAACACAAAAGCUGGUCUGAGGAAUCCACAUAAAUCGUUAAGGCUCUUUAGGUCAUCAACCUAAUAUAUUUUAAAUAUUAUAAUCUCUUCCUUAGCGGGGACACGCGGGGAAACCUGCAUGAACAAACAAAGUCGCGUAACUGAUGACAUAGUCCCUUUAAAGAUAGGUGAUCCGAAUUUGGGUGGCGCGUUGUUUUGUAGGCUGUCAAACCCUGUGUCAAUGAUAUGUUUAUUAUUUUUCAAAAUGAUUUGAGAUUUAAAAAAAAAUACGCAACCUCUCAUGCGAGUUGGACCAACGGACAUUAAAACCGGUGUCCAACCAAAAAUUCAGAUAGGUAUAUAAGUCAGCAACUACUGAUCGAUUUAAUUUUGUGAUAAGGUAUAGAUGUUUUCGCUGAGUGGCUUUCUAUACAUUAACUACAAGUAUUCGGUAAUUUGUGUAUCGGUAUUUUUGUUUAUAAAUAAGCACACGCCCAAGUUUGUUACCAUUAGUAUUAGAUGUAACCGCUACCUUUGACAUGGUAUAUGAUAUGAAUUCGCCAAUAAUUGGAAUCGAGACAUAGUCAUUGGAUAAAUUUAAUAUUUCCAGUGAUUUGAAAGCAAUCGGUAGUACUUAUAGAUAGAAAUACAAUUCUAGGGAGCACGUAGUAAAAAAAUUGAAUGCUCCGUUAAUCAAAAAAAUGUGAACAAAGUCCAAGAUAAUCUACUUUUCAAAUGCUGGAAAAAUAUUUUGACACCAUUUCUUUUGAAUUCGUAGGUUUUUGUAAUUAACUUGCAUGCUCUAAAGAUAAAUCAAUGUUUUCACCAAACUCGCGUUUGCCAAGUUUCAUAGUUUGACUAAUCCAAUCAUAAUCAAACGCAGUAUUUUUACUGUCACAGGCAUGCGUAUACGGAAUAAAUAAUUUUCAUUAUCCAAA